AUGAAAAUGCAACAAUCUCUAUUAUUAGUAUCACCACAAAUGCAACAAUUAACUAAAUAUCCAAUAAAAGUUUCAUUUGUUAUUCAUCCAGAUAGAACAGAUACGUAUGAUGCAGUUCAACUGCAAAUCUAUUCACUUGGACAACAAGAAGGAAUCGCUACGAAGAAACCAGUAUCAACAACAGUUGGACCAGCGAAAAUAGAAGUUGAUGUUAUAAUUGGAAGUUCAUCAUCAGAAAAUCUAAAACAAAUUUUACUAGAAGCUGAAGGAAAAGAAGUUGAAAAUGCUUAUGACGAAGAAGCUAAAAAUAAUCCACCCUCAUCAAUUAUUUCAACUCUAUCAGGUCAAUUACCUGGCAAACGAAUAUUUUUCCUUAAAUGGGAACCUAAUACAAAUCCUGAAACUCUUAAACAAUCAAUAAUUGAUCUCAUAUGGAAUGUUAUUCAAAAUACUACUUCAUAUAAAUUUACUUCAAUUGCAUUUCUAGCUAUUGGAUGUGGAGAACAUGCCUGUCCUGUUCAUAUUGUUGUUAAAACAAUGGUUAAAGAAAUGAAAUAA